AUGGUCGUAGUGCAGUCCCCAUGGAGACCAUGGACUCCUAUGGACUCACAUGCAAAGGAGGGCCAAGCACAGCCACAAGGAGGACCAAGCUCAAGGAGCAGGCACAGCCACGAGGAGGACCAAGCUCAAGGAGCAGGCACAGCCACGAAGAGGACCAAGCUCAAGGAGCAUGCAGAUGGUUACCACUCAGGGGCUCGAGAGACAAGAGCCAAAGGAACUGUCACUGAUCAAAGGAGGAGGAGCAGUGUCGAAGGAGUCGACACAGCUCAAGAGGCACAGGGGUGCCAAGCAGGAGAGGCCCCUGAGCAGUACUCGAUGAAGAAGGUACUCUCUGGAGAGAGAGCAGGAGCAGCAUCGCUGGCGAUGCUGAGAAGAGAUAGAACCGAAGGCAGUAGUCCACUGCGGUCCGGGGAUCACUUCAAGCAUCAAGUCAACACACUGGACACUCGUGUUGACGCCACCAACCUUAUCACCAACACCAUCAACCUCAUUAUCAUCGACGCCACCAACCUUAUCACCAACACCAUCAACCUCAUUAUCAUCGACAUCACCAAUCUCAUCACCAACACCAUCAACCUCAUCAUCAUCAACACGCACACCAGACCUUGGUGUCAUCAUAACAUUGAUAUUGAUCGUGCCGAGCUACCCCUGAACGGAGUGUCCACAGAGGUCAGCCGAAACCUACGAUACAUGACGAUUGGUCAGUCAGGGUACAUUGACCAAGUGCUGGCUAAGCACCUGGACAAAUGCACCAAGCCAACCAUGGUUCCAAUGCAGAGCAUACCAGAGGGAACCCUUGUCGCAAGCACAGCACAACAGAAGGAGUAUCUGGUGAUUGUUGGCAAGCUGCUCUGGGUUGCCAACAGCACCCAGCCCAACCUUAGCCUCACCAUGAGCAUCCUCGCUAGACACAUGCAUGAACCAUCACAAGAGCAUUAUCAGGCAGCACAAUGGGUCUUAUGCUACCUCAAAGGCACAAAGAAAGUUGGAUUAGUUUAUAGGGGAGAUAUGUUGCAAGAGCCACUGAUCGCACACAGUGAUGCAAACUGGGUUAGUAAAGACCCAGCACAGCACUGGAAGCUUAAGCACAUUGACACCAAGUAUCACUUCAUCUGUAACAAUGUCCAAGAGGGAAGGGUGCAGAUCAAGUAUGUGGACACCACAAGAAAUCUGGCAGAUGUACUCACAAAGCCAAUCAGGAGACAGGCAAUGCAGCAAGCAAGAUCUGGGCUACACCUGCAAAUACUGGCAGUGGUGUAUGAAAUGGAGUCCCCGAGCUAUGCGAUGGUGUUAAAGAAUGAAGGACAUACCUUGAAACAACAGCAUAAUGAACAGGGUACAUAUGCUGUUGAGGGGGGGAGUUGA